ACUUCGGCGUCUCAAUCCCCACCGAACUCCCGAGUGGCCGACUCCGGACUCCCGAACCUGCUUCUGUCCCGAGUCUCGGCGUCUCCGGUCUUUCAAGCUCCACCCAGCCCCCACCGCCGAGCUCCACCUCCAGCCUUUCAAGUUUCAAGCCCAACCCGGCAACUAGCAAUUUAGCAAACCCGUCUCUGGUCUCCGAGUGGAGGCUCCAGGGGCGGACAAUGCCGAAUUGCUGACCGGCACUUCAAGCUGCAAGUUUUGAUCUUGAAUGCUUGAUGUUGAAAUGGGUUUGACUGUUUGAUAACUCGAUUUCCAUUUAAUUAAGUUUGUAACAACUUGUAUCAGACUAACAGUGUCACUAAGGUUACUGAGGAGAAGCAGAGGCCACAACUCCGUUGAGAAAGCUUGAAAGAAAAUUAAGGUUUUGGUUUCUGUUAGCAAGUCAUUAUGUGUGAUGUAAAUGAUGGUCUGUAGAUUAUCGACUUUGCUGUUGAACGUAUGCAUAUCUUCAUUUUGUAAAGUCCGGCUAUUGGGGAGAGCGGAGGCAGUUAUAAUUGAUGGUAUAAGAUUAGGGGUGAUUCCAGAUGUAGUCACUUACAAUACUUUGGUUCAUGCAUAUUGUCAGUUUGUUAGCGUAGAUGCGGCUUAUUCCGUUGUUCAUAGAAUGAAAGAAGCUGGGAUAAGUCCAGAUGUCGUUACUUACAAUUCUUUGAUAUCCGGGGCCACCAGGAAUCACUUAUUAUCUCGAGUCCUGGAUCUGUUUGAGGAAAUGUUACAGGAAGGUAUACAUCCUGAUGUGUGGAGUUACAAUAUUCUGAUGCACUGUUUCUUUAAGUUAGGGAAACCUGAUGAAGCCAACAGAGUCUUCCAGGAUAUUUUACUUAGCGACCUCACUCCUCAUGCAGCUACAUUUAAUAUUAUGAUUAAUGGGCUUUGUAAAAAUGGGUACACGGACAAUGCUCUUAUGUUAUUUAGGAAUUUACAACGUCAUGGAUUUGUUCCCCCGUUAGUGACAUACAAUAUUCUUAUCAGUGGGCUUUGCAAGGCACGUAGAGUGGGGCAAGCGAGGAGAAUUCUAAAGGACCUUGGAGAAUCAAGUCUUAAGCCAAAUGCCGUAACCUACACUACAGUUAUGAGUUGCUGCUUUAGGUCUAAGCAAUACGACCAAGGACUUGAGAUUAUGUCAGAGAUGAAGAGUAAAGGGUAUACAUUUGACGGCUUUGCGUACUGCACAGUCAUUGCUGCUUUACUUAAGACUGGAAGGAUGGAAGGAGCAAAUGCUUUCAUGGAACAGAUGAUGAAUAGUGGCAUUGAAAUGGAUUUGGUGUCUUAUAACACCUUACUUAAUAAGCUUUGUAAAGAAGGCAAGGUUGAAGCUGCCUAUAAGUUGUUGGAUGAAAUAGAGAAUGGGGGCCUUUUGUGUGAUAAGUAUACCCAUACAAUCAUGAUUGAUGGAUUGUGUAAGGCGGGCAAUAUUGCUGGUGCUCAACAACAUUUACAUUAUAUGAAUAUGAUGGGAUUCCAGGAAAACUUGGUUGCCUUUAACUGUCUGAUUGAUGGCUUGGGUAAAGCUGGUGAAAUUGAUCGUGCAAUGGAAUUGUACAAUUCAAUGGAAACUAGGGAUUCUUUUACCUAUGACUCCUUGGUGCUCAAUCUUUGCAAGGCGGGAAGGGUCCUUUGUGCAUCUAAGCUUAUGAUGAAAUGUUUAAGAGAGGGAAUGAUAUUACUCUACUCUACCAGGCGAGCACUCCUUGAUGGGCUUCGAUCUUCAGGGUUUACAAAUGAAGCAAGAAAGCUUCAAUCAAAAAUUCGGUUAGCUCGGCUGUUACGUUAAUAAUUUGGCUGCUGGAAAUGACCUACCCUGAAGAAUUAUGUGAACCACCACCCCCACUCUAGUUAUUUUUGUAAGCAUCUGAUGAUUUGGGUGAUAAGCUUGCUCUACAGCAUACAUUAUAAAUGGUGGUAUUUUUGCUGCUGGUCCUACUGGGUUCUGCAACUUUAAGACACUGCUUUUAGUGAACAAACUACUCCCAUACCAUGUAAGACUUGGCAAGUCAUUGACGCCAGUUUCUUCAGGGCCUACUGUGUCAAUCUGGGGAUUCUCUUGAUAUAGGGAGCAAGGAUUUGAAUUCUGACUCAGCUUUCAGUUAAUAAGUUUCAGCCAACCUUCGGUAGCUCUGGCUUCUCUUGAGGUUCUGUUCUACAAUACUGAAGUUAAAAGUUGUUGAUCUUCUUGUAUUGCUAUGCUGCUGAUGAUGUUGGUUACCUGAGCUUGCUGUGUUAUGCAUACUUAGGCACUAACUUGAAUCAAGACCUGAGCUUGCAUUGUGAUGUAUACAUAGACACUAACUUGAAUCAAGACUCUCUGAUUUAAGUUUCAUUUGCUUUGUGAAUCUGUUUUCAACUGGAUCCUUCUACCGCCAAAGAAUUCCCUUUGACACAUCAUAAUAUUCUACCAUGUUUAGUAAACUAGUAAAGUAGUCCUGCAAACCUAGACCAUAAUUUCUCUCUCAGGUUUUUUCUUUUUUAUUGCGCAAAGUUAUUUGAUACUGACUAUUGAUCACUUGAUUUCAUUCUGGAAUUUAGACAGAUGUAAUAAUAGUAAUAGCAUCAUUAUAU